UGUUUUUGCUACUGGGGUCACACUGAUGUGUUCACAGAGACUUUGUUGUUAUAGUGAAUAGUUCAACAAUGAAAUGGUGGUACACAUUGCUGUGAAUGACAUUCGGGGAAGUUUUAAUAGACAUUGCCGCUGUUAAGUGAUGGAUUUGAGUCAGAAAUCUGCUGCUUUGACAACUCCAGUGCUUCAUGUCUGGGAGCUGAUUGGUUAAGUUAAACGUCGGCUCGGCGUCUGUCAAGUAUGUUCAGUCUCUGUUUUAUACAAUCAAAGCUGUUGGGUUUGUCAUUGAACAUGUAGAGUCGUCUUUAAUAUUGAUGUACGCUGAGUAUUGGGGCUCAACGUAGUUACCCACUACAGCAAAUAACGUUAACGUAACAAAAAGUCAACACAAGCUAGCAAGCUAACGUUAGUGAGUUUGUUAGCUAGCUGGCUAGCCAACGUUAGCUAUCAGUUACCAGACUGCUAUCCAGCCUCAAAUCGAUGGGUUUGUCAAAGAAUGUAUUACAUUUUCUGCAAUGUGUGGAACUAAUUGGCUUCAUCUGCCGGAUAUGCUCCCGGUGCUUCUGUUAGUUGUACUUGUGCGUGGUUUGUAUGUUAGCAAGUAAUGUUAAAGCCAUUCUAUUGUCCAUGUUUCUUCAUCAACUGCUUAAGCUAACCAAAUGAAAGGUGCCGUCAGUGUGACCACAUGAUGAGAGCUCUGUUUGUUUAUUAGCGAGUUGUGUACUCACAACAUUCCUCUCUUUGGCGUUCAACGGCAAAGUUGUAUGCAUAACGAAUCCACAACAUUGUAAUUUCUGUGUUUCUAUGCAGCUUGCUACUUUUGUGCUGCAUGCAAAGCUGAUUGGUGUGUGUGUUGGUGUGUGCCAGACUGCCGUCCUGGUCCUAUGUCCUUCCUCUCAGAGCAGCUGCAGCUCCGAUAUGACUAAGAGAAGCCCGUCUCUUCAGCUUGUCAAAAGGAUGCUGAACCAUCACUGCAGAAGGAACCCUGAGCUUCACGAGGAGCUGCAGAUCCAGGCUGCAGUGGCAGCGGGGGACGUCUGCACGGUCCGCAGAAUGCUGGAGCAAGGAUACUCGCCUAAGAUCCGCGAUGCCAACGGAUGGACACUGCUCCACUUCUCUGCUGCCAAAGGAAAAGAGAGAUGUGUUCGGGUCUUUCUCGAGCAUGGCGCUGACCCCACAGUGAAGGACUUUAUCGGAGGCUUCACGGCACUUCACUACGCUGCUAUGCACGGCAGAGCGCGCAUCGCCCGAUUGAUGCUAGAACUGGAGUUUCGCAGUGACAUUAUAAAUGCAAAGAGCAACGACGGCUGGACGCCACUCCACGUGGCCGCCCAUUACGGCCGAGACUCGUUUGUACGCCUCCUCCUCGAGUUCAGGGCCGAGGUGGACCCGCUGAGUGACAAAGGGACCACGCCGCUCCAGCUGGCCAUCAUCCGCGAGCGCUCCAGUUGCGUACGGAUCCUCCUCGACCACAGUGCCAACAUUGACAUUCAGAAUGGCUUCCUGCUGCGAUAUGCCGUUAUCAAAGGAAAUCACACGUACUGCCGCAUGUUCCUGCAACGGGGAGCUGACACUAAUCUGGGACGUCUUGAAGACGGCCAAACACCCCUGCACCUCUCUGCCCUCAGGGAUGAUGUGUUGUGUGCCCAGAUGCUCUACACAUACGGGGGAGAUGCCAACACCAGGAACUACGAGGGCCAGACACCAGUAGCAGUUUCUGUUAGCAUGUCUGGGAUCAGCAGGCCCUGUUUGGACUUCCUUCAAGAAGCCACCAGACAACCUCGGACCCUACAAGACUUGUGUCGUAUAAAGAUCCGUCACUGCAUUGGCCUUCACAGCUUGAAGUUGUUGGAGGAUCUACCCAUUGCAAAGGUUAUGAAAGACUAUUUAAAACAUAAGUUUGACAGCGUGUGAAAGCAAAACUCUGCUAUCAUUUAUAAAGACUAUGCAAUCUCUAUCCUCCUAAUCUGGAAGAAAAGUCCACGUUUGUCUAGCCUGGAUCUCCAGUUUAACAGAUCUCUGCUCCUGUUCUCCAUGUUCACAUUAAGAACCGUGGCUGAAGAAGGGGAAUGGAUCUGUCACAUGUGACCAACGGUUGUGCUGAAAAGAAGCUAGCAGUUUAUGUUGUCAAUGUAAAAAUGUGCAUCCUUGUCAUCAAAUGCAAAUUUGCCAACUCUUAUUUUUUUACCCACCUGUAGGAAUCUAAACUCUCCAAUCAGCAAUGCGUUGAGCUGCUUGGGUAAAAAUAGCUCUUAAACUAACACUUGAGAAGUUUCACUCCCUGCAUUUGUAUUACCACAAUAGUGAGCUCAACUUUGCUCGUUUUGGCUUUGUUUUUUGUUUUUCCCAUUAAAUGUAAUGCCAUUUUUAUUUAUUAUUUAUGACGUGGUUCAUUUAGUAAAAUUCCUAAUUAGAGCAUAAAUAGCUUAUUACUUACUUGAAUGUCUAAAUUAGCCUGGUUCCCAAUGACUCUUUUAGCAUACUGGCGUUGUGUCCAUGACAGUCAUUUCCAAUUUGCUGUGUCAGCAGAAAGAAGUGGUCUUCCAUCCGCUCGUCCUGCUUUGAACACAGAGGACAGUUAGCAUGGAGCUAAAGAUGGAGGCGCGGGGCUUGUCAGAUCAUUCAUGGGAGGCCAAAAGAGAUUUUGUCAACACUAUUAUUAGUUGAUACUUGUGAGGAUGUAAACAAUAAUGACUUUGAAACCAAUGACUAACCCUAGAUAAUAAUCUGCAUCCAGCAUUUAUUCAGCUCGUAACUUCCACAUUUUAAAAUAAGUUAGAUUUGGCCUCAUCUUUGAGUGCUUGUACAUCAUAACAUCAACAUGUCACAUCAGCACAAUGAGCUCACUGCUGGUUUGUUGGAACUUUAUAUCAACAGUGAGCCAAAAGGACAUUUUGAGGUCUGGCACUGUAAGAGUGAAGCGUAACACACGCGACCAGAUUCCAUCACUGUGUAAGUGUGUUUACUGAUGUGAGAGAAUCUAUUUGUGUUUUUCGUGACGACAAGCAAGAAUACAACCUGCAGUUGAAAGGAUUUUGAAAUACUAAUUUGACUAUAAAUCCAUCCAUGUCUUCACUGUGUGUUGGACAUUAGGAUUUGGAGUAUAGUUUCCUCAUGGGUCACAAGAGGGUGGGGGGGGCACCGACACUUCAUUAUCCGAUGCACGCUCUGUCUGCUGGUGGGAGCCUGUGUGUCGCGUGUCAGUGUGUGCUCAUCGUGCACAGAGAGCAGCGACAAGUUGUAAAUGUAAAAAAAAAAAAAAAAAACUUUGAAACUUUCUUGGGGGGGGGGACUCUAAAACAGUGGAGUAGAUGCACUGUGAUAAAGUACCAUGUUUCCUCUAAAGCAAUGGUAUCAUGACCAGUGUUUCCCCUUAGUUUACAACCUUGGGGGGGUGUCGGGGGCUUAGUAGCGGGGGGUGCCCCCCUUGUUGAAGGGUAGGGGAAACACUGAUGAGCGAUAAGGAAGGCCUUGGAUAACACUGACUGCCACAAGCAACAGUCAAUGUAAAUAUAUUGCAUGUACAACAGAUAUUUUUGUAGAAUUUAUUUAAGAAAUCAUCUCUGGUAUUCUUAAUGUAUUUAAAGUUUGGAAAGUAUUGUGAUCUGUUUAGUGUGACCCAAGUAUUUUUAAUUUUUUGUGUGUCUGAGUUAAAGAACUCUGUUUUAUGAGAAUCAUUUGGAGUCAAUAUUGGUUCUUUAAGGCCGAAAUGUUGGGUGCUCUCUUAAAAUUCAUCAUCUCUUGCGGGUAACUCUGUUGUGGAGAUUAUACUGUGAAUUUUUCAAAUGGACAACACAAAAUAAAAUACAGGAUUGGGGAUCUAAAUGAUUCCUAUGCCACAGGAUUUUUUUCUGUCUCUGCAUGUGUUUAAAAUCUCUAGUGAUAUGAUUUGUUGCACCUAAUAUGGGUUUUCCUCAAAUGUUGUAUUCACAAAUCAGUUCUGACAAUGUUCAGCUGCAUUCAUUUGUCAGUGUCUGUUUGGAUGUGUCUGCAGCUUUGGAUUAAGACCUUUGGUGGAAAGUGCACAUUCUGACAUACAAACUGUGCUCUAUGGGGGGGGGGUCCUCUGUGUUCUUAACAAUCUGACAAACUAUUGCAUUUCCUCUAAUGCUGAGCUUCAAUACAAUAUCGGUAUUGCAAUAUGAGACUAGUUAUUGUUUUCAAAUAUGGUUUUAAAAUCUAAAGUAAAGUGAUGUCAUUUCUCAAUGUAUCACUCUGUUCUAGCACAUUUUAAUUUAUACUGAAUCUCAUUGUGUAAAUAUUUUUGUAAAAGUGAACACUAAUAUCAUUAUUAAAGGAUUUAAUUUC